AUGCCUCCGUCAUAUAUCGGUUCUGUUCGAUAUCAGCAUUCCUCGAAGACAUUUGGCGAUUAUAUGUUAGAGAAGCCGGGUAUAAAGACUAACGCUGAUUUAGAAUCGAAACCAUUGCCGUCUGGAUACAAGUACUUUGCUGCGAAAUUCCCCAUAGAGUUGAAGGAUUUGAAAAAAUAUCUCACUAAGAAGUAUCCAGAUCCAGACGCAAGUACAUUUGCUGGAGGUGUUGAUUUGAAGACUUUCAAUAUAGUGGAAACAUACAAAGCAAAGAAGGCUAAGGCUGCCUCAAAACCUAGGUUAUUUAUCACGCUCUUGAACAGGAAUCCAAUAUAUAUGGAAUACAUCAUAUGGGAUACAUUUGACAUUGAUACAGGUGAGAAAAGGACUGCAACACAGCUAAGAAGCAGAUCUGGGUCGUUUAAAGAUCUUUUACAGUCGAUUAACAAGGUGAAACCCACGAAUGAAACACUAGAACAAGUUCUUCCAAAGAUGACGAAGUUCAAGGCUGAGCCAACGACUCCACCAUUCUUCAGAGAUAAACUUGAUCUUGACUUGAAGACAAACAAUUUAGAAGACUUCUUGAGUCAUGCGAAGAAGGAAAGCGAUCUGAAACGAGAUAAUAUGUUCAAAGCAAGGAUGAACUACGAAUGGUCGAAACAACAGCUCAAUAAACACUCUCAAACAGUCGAAUCAAAGACUUUUUUCACCCCUAUUUUAGUUCCUGGCACUUUAAUACCGUCUAGUUGGAUAAAAAUGGCCGAUUAUUCGGAAGUGGGCGGCAAACAGUACGAAUUUCUAUUCUUGGAGAAGAACGGUAACAUACAGACGUUUUCUACUAUACCGCUCAAGCAUCAAUACAACCACAAUGUGUUUGAAAUCCUUCGAAAUCUUAGAGAUUCUCAUUUGUACAUAGAUAACAUUGAUAGGUUGUUUGCCAAAGACUGGAGACUACUCGAUGGAGACAGAAAUAGACUCGCUUUCGCGAGAAAUAGACGUCAACACUAUUGGAACCGUAUCAAAUAUGCAUUAUUACCUAUAUGUGCAUUCAGCACAGCACUGACUGCCUAUGUGCUUUAUAUAACUUCCUAA